UAAUAUCUGUCAUUUGUCAAAUCGCCGCACAGUCCAACUAUGAUUUUCUAAUUAUUUACUUGUUAUUUUACGGCAAAAUUUACCAUAAAAUAAUGAAUUUGUCAGAGGAAAGCAAUUUUUCGAACGGCUUGCUGUACGUGGGCUUCAAUCAAGACCAAGGUUGCUUCGCUUGUGGAACGGAAAAUGGAUUCAGGGUUUUCAACAGCGAUCCGCUUAAGGAAAAAGAGAGACAAAACUUUGCAGAAGGCGGCCUUUCCUACGUCGAAAUGUUAUUUAGAUGUAACUACAUGGCCCUGGUUGGAGGAGGGAAGACGCCCGUAUACCCUCCGAACAGAGUGAUCAUAUGGGACGACCUGAAAAAGGAUUCUGCUAUAUCGCUAGACUUUAACAGUCCAGUAAAAGCUGUUAAACUUAGAAGAGAUCGUAUUGUUGUUGUUCUGGAGAAUUUGAUUAAAGUCUACACUUUCACCGCCCAGCCACAGUUACUUCAUGUGUUUGAGACAUGUCAGAACUCUAGAGGACUGUGUGUUGUUUGUCCAAAUAGCAACAACGCUCUACUUGCAUAUCCAAGCAGAAAGACUGGGCAUGUUCAGUUGGUUGAACUCACAAGCCUUGCGGGUACAAGUGCUGCACCAGAAGGUCAUCUCAUUGCAGCUCACGAAGCUCCACUAUGCUGCUUGGCACUUAACGUUGGUGGCACUCGGUUGGCCACAGCUUCGUCCAAAGGAACACUAAUCAGAGUAUUUGACACAAACACUGGGCAAAAGUUGGCAGAGUUAAGAAGAGGAGCGCAUCAGGCAACAAUAUACUGUAUAAACUUCAACCACACUAGUACAAACCUGUGUGUGACGUCAGACCAUGGCACGGUCCACAUUUUCAGUUUGGAAGAUGAGAAGUUGAACAAACAGUCGAGUUUGGCAACCGUCAACUUCUUGCCCAAAUAUUUCUCGAGUAACUGGAGUUUCUGUAAAUUCACCAUACCCAAUGGACCUCCUUGCAUCUGUGCUUUUGGUGUUGAUAAAAGUUCAAUAAUUGUAAUAUGUGCCGACGGAUCGUACUACAAAUAUAAGUUUAACGAAAAGGGUGAAUGCACCAGAGAUGUGUACGCGCAGUUCCUGGAAACCUCUGAAGACAGAUAAGUGCUUUCCAAUAAACGUGGUAUUCUACUACGAAGGAAUUAUUACCAUCGUUUUACAGCACGGGCACAUACUAUACGAUACUUUACACCCACACCAUGUUUCAAUGUUAGGUCAAAUUUAAUCUUGUUGUAACUAUAUUGUAUUUCCCUGACAUUUUGGCACUACAACCCCUUUAAAAAAGGUUGAAUAGGCUAUAAGUCAAUGAUAUAUCUAGUAAAGACAAAAAGAUAUCGACCAAUAGCAGAGUCGAUAAUAUCACCCUCUCGACCAAAGCAGUGAAUCAAAAAUAUCAUUAUCUCUGUUGUCCCAACGCAAUGACAGAGGUAACGAUAUUUUCUAUUCGCUGUUAUUAGUCGACAAUGUCUUUCUUUUUAUGCAUUCUUUAGUCCUACUGAUGUCAAAAAUUUAAGUCAUCGCUUCAUAUACAUUACACAAGAGUAAAUGUGUUUUUAGGUGCCAGUUAAACAAUUUACAUACAGGAUGAUUUUAGUGGUAGAUCAUAUUAAAUUAUUCCACCAAAGGCAUUAUAUUAAUCGUACCUGAUCGUAAUCAGCCCCCUAGCCAAGUGCCACGGCGAUUCUCUUUCUACGAUUGCUAACGCUUCGAAAACUAGAAAAAAUUAUGGGAAUGACUUAUCUUGAUCACUUGACCUGUCGAUAGCAAAUGACAUUCCUAUACAUUUUUCUAGUUUUCGAAGCGUAUUUCGAUCGUAUAGAGAAAAUCGACGUUCCACUUGGCUAGGGGGGCUGGUGUGAUUGCAGUUAAGCUCUUACUAUAUAACAAAUAAAAUCAUCCUGUUUCUCAACAAUAUGUCAGUCUAUUAAGAUUAGAUUUGACUUAACACGAGUAUAGUGCGUGUAAUGCGUUUUCAAUGUAUUCCCGGCUUUAUGAAUGCAAAUUUAUCAAUUCUUUAUUGGUACUGUGUUUUAAAACUCUUAUGAUAAGUUCACACUAGUUCCCCAGUGAGAGCUUGUGCUAAAUACUUUUGAAAAAUAAUUUAAAUUAAAAAUGAUAGUAAGGAGAGACCAACACGACUGUUUUAAACAGUGUGUAGAUAUUGUGAUGCAUACCCUAUACAUAUAUUUAUGAUACUUAUAUACGUAUAUUUUCAGUUUUAUAUGCUAGGCGGUCCAUGCGAAAGUGUCUUUAUGUGCAUUUUAUAUGAGAAGUUCUCUGCUGCUUUCACAUUUCUCACAUCAUUUUAUUGUAAAAACAAUACACACCCUGAUUAACUAUGUAAUUUUUUGGCCUGCAUGAAUUUUUUUUUUAUGUGAAUUUUUUUGCAUUCUGCAGUCAAUUUAUAUUUAUUUAUUCACACUAAAAGCGCGGGCUUCCCAAAUUUGACCCAUGGUAUAUUUUAAUGAUUGUUAUUUAUUAUUUACAAUGUUUUAUUAGUUACUAGCCGCAACUUCGUCCGCCCUUAGACCUCUUAAUCCAGCCCUUACAGUAGUAUCGCUGCAAAAAUGGAGUAUCUUCUCCCGUUUUCCCAACAUUUCCCUUCACUGCUCUGCUCCUAUUGAUCGUAGCGUGAUGAAAGGUAUACUGCCAAGUUUCGUUAAAAUCCGUCGAGUAGUUUGUUUCUAUAACGAACAUACAGACAGACAAAAAUUUUACUGAUUGAAUUUUUGGCAUCAGUAUCGAGCACUAAUCACCCCCUGAUAGUUAUUUUGGUAAUAUAUUUCAUGUACAGAAUUGACCUCUACAGAUUUAUUAAGUAUAGAAAUUAUCCUUAGAGGUCCAUUUUGGGGGUCACACAAUUUACAAAAAAUCGUAGUUUGACACGUAAUAUAAGUGCUGCAGAGACUAAAUUAUAUAUUCUUAUUCAAAGUGCAUAAUGACAUUUUAAAAAUUAUUAUUUUUGAGUCGUAGUAGUUAAUACGGCUGCCUAGAAAGGUAAUUUUGUAAAUAAAAAGACUCCUCUAAGCUAAAGAGGCCUAUGUAGACUUUUAAGUCUUUAAGACUGCUUGGUAGCUAAAUUAAAAAAAACUCUUUGCGUAUGAAAAUGUAAUUUUUACUUAGCUUCGAAGUUACAUAUCUUUGAUAAUAUUCAUUUUACACUUUUAUUUAAAUUAUCUUUGAGACUAAUAUUUAAUUAUAUUUUAUAAUGAGGCUUUAAAACAUUAAGCUGCAUUCAGAUCGGAUCAACACGAGCGAACAAAUAAGACAAGAUUUAUUUUAUUUUUGAUUUAUUUUUUUCGUUUUAUGAAUUUAUUUUUGGUAGAACUUAUGUUAAAAAUCUUUGUCGAGGCUCGUGAUUGUAAUCUGUACGCAUCAUUAUUGAUGAGUUUUAUUUAUACAGUACCAAAUAUUUUGAAAUCAAAUGUGCGCGUUGCUUACAUUUAAUGAAUAUGGAGUUAAAGUCAAUCGCACACUGCCACAUUUUUUAAUUUUUUUUUUUUUUGGAGAAUAUUUUCCAUAUCUUUUUUUUUUAAUAUGACCAACAGCAGUAUCCAUGUAACAACCUGUAUGUGUUUCUGGUAUUAAAAACUGUGUGGGAUUAACUUUACCAAAUUAAUACAUUGUACAACGCCCACGCUUGAUAUUGAUACAUCUUUGUACAUUUAUAAUUAUUGUUAUCGAUAAAAAAUAUCUAAGAAAUUUAUGAUGUUAUACCUAUUAUAAUCAGAUAUAUUAUAAACAACCCCGUAAUAUCAUUUUGAUUGCCUUAAUGGAAGAUCUCGAAAAAAAACGUUUUUAUUAGUUAAACUAAAAUGGUAAAAAAUUAAAGAUUUUAAUUGUUAUAGAUUAAGAUAUUAUUAUUUAAAUGAAAUUAUUACUAUAAUUGCAACUGUUUAAUAUUGUAAAAUACUAAGACUGAGCGUUUGCCAACUAAUGAUUUUAUAUGUUAUAAUAUUUAUGGCUUUUUAACUUGUCACAUUUUCAAAAGAAUAAAAUAACAAUUAAAAAAUAAAUUAAUGACUAUACAGUUUAUUUGGUAUCAUGCAACACCUUCGUUUUUGAGACUGGCAACAUUCGAACUAUAACUUUAUUUAGCUGGUGAACGAUCAGCCUAAAUUAUUAUGCUCGCAAAAAAUACAUUUCAUUAGUAAUCUCCACUAAGAAUACUUCUUACUGCGUAAUUUUUCUAAGCGAAUCUAUCGUUUACCUAAUAUUCUUCAUUAAUAUUUUGUAUUUUACACAAUCAAUUUAAUUUUAUAAGCAUUCAGCUAUAGGAAUCUACAUAACUGUGUUCUUAACUGUGCGGCACAUGCAACUUUAGCCAAGUGUCGUCGUCGUCGAUCGUCGAUUCUUUUUCUAAGAUCGCAAACGCUUAAAUUAUUUUUAUCUUAAAAGAACAUAAAAUAUAGGGCAUAUUUUAUGUUCUUUUAAGAUAAAAAUAAGUUGACACUCGGAAUAAAGGCCCAGCCUCCGUACAAAAUUGGAUCAUGUGCUUUGAGCUUUAAUACAAAUGUAAUGAGUACAUUUUACUAUGACUAUUUUAUAAUGAUUGUACAGAACUUAUGUGAUGCGGUAAAUUCGCUUAUAGAAAUGGCGUCUUGAGAAAUACAAGCAGAUAAUUAUUUAUUUUUUAUUAUUUGUGUUCAAAAUUAAUGUUAUUCUUAUGAUAUCGUUCACUGAUUACGUCACAUUAAAUGCCUCUACGCUAUCCACAUCUCUAUCCCAUUUCAUACAAAAUAUAUCAAAUAAAAAGCACGUGCCAGCUACUCUCCUUUUUGUUGAGUGACGUAAUGUGUGAAUAACAGCGGCGAAGAGUUCAUGCAAGCCGAUUCCUGUUGGGUUACCUUUAAACAUCUAUACAUAUUCAUUGUUGUAUUGUAUCUAGAUACCUAUAUGAGAGUAUGAAUUUCCUUUUCUUUGGGACGGCUUACCUUCAACUAAAUUCCAUUCUUCGUCACUGGUGAAUAGGUCUUUAUGUUCGUAUAUUUUAUUACGUAGAUUGAUGCAAUCGUUAUUUAUCAUGAUGAAUUUUAUGGACUUACUUUUACCUUCUGAUAAGUGUUUGGUAGUAAACGUUUUGUCACUGUCUUACUAUAUGUCAAAUGACCAGGACGACAUUUUUGUUUACUAAUCUAUCCAUAGAGAAGCAGUAUUUGUUAUUUAAAACUACCAGUAGAUGGCGGUGUUAGAGUACUUUGAAACAAUCCCUAUUUGUAAACUGCAAGAACCUGUUGCGAUGCAGUUAUGCGUGAGGCUCACAGAUGGCGCUUUGUUAUUUUUGAAAUAGGCUCACAGAUGGCGCUUUGUUAUUUUUGAAAUAAGUUUUACUUAGUCGUGUGGUCUGCACACUGCAUGAUGUAUUUACAGCACACUCGUGUUUUACUUAUUUACCUUACCUGGCUGUUACUGAUUACUUACUUUAAUUCCCGUGUCUUGGCCCAAAUAGGCCUGACCAUAAACCAUAGACGACUGAAAGAGAUUAGCUCACAUAUUAAAGCCAUUAUCAUACUUUUUGUAACUCAUUCUCAUCACACAUAAUGUACACUUUAAAUAAGUGUUUACUAUUUAUAAUGUAAUCAGUGCACCAAAAGUAAAUAUGACGCGAGUAUAUUAAAGUGGGCGGAUAAUUGUGCCUCUGAGUAUAUAAUCUGUAUGUACCAUUUUGAAUAGAAUGCGGCGAUUGCAUCAAUCAUUCAUAAUACAACUACUUGGCAAUGAUUAUUUAGAGUUACCGUACAUAAAUGUAAACUCAAUUAAUUAUUCUUCAGCUUUACAUAAUAUAUUUUUUUAUUUUUACUUCCAACCGCUAUUAAGUAGGUACUGUUUUACUACGUUUAUGAUUUUUUUAGCUAUCCAAUGACUGUUGUAAUCAUUUUUUUAAUAAAUUAAUAAUAAGAUAUUUUA